AUGUCGGUCUCUCAUAGUCUUCUACAGUAUCAGGAUUCGAAUGGAAAAGUCUACGAAGGAGAUCUCUAUGUUCCGAGAACAACUGGAAUGAGGAAGCUUCCAGGUGUCGUAGUUUACUCGGCAUUCCGCGGAAUCACUGAAUUCGAGAAAGGGAAAGGGAAAGCUCUUGCGCAGGAAGGAUACAUUGCUUUGGCUGCUGAUCCAUUCGGAAAAGGAAUUCGUCCCACGGAUAAGAUGGAGUGUUUUGGAAUUGUUAAACCAUUGGUUUCAGAGAGAAUUGAGAAGCUGAAGCCGGUGAUUCUUGCAGCAGUUGAUGCAAUUAAGACCGUUCAAUGCAUCGAUAUUCAGAAGAUUGGAGCUAUUGGAUUCUGUUUCGGAGGACUUUGUGUUUUAGAUCUCGCCAGAUACAACAUUGGCCUCAAGGCGGUUGUAUCCUUCCAUGGAACCCUCAAACCACUACCAGGCGUUCCUCUUGAUCCGAUCAUUGGAACAGCUAUUCAGGCGCAUCAUGGAGAUGCGGAUUCUCAUAUUCCAAAGGAGCAAGUGGACGAAUUCCAUGAGGAGAUGAGAGCUCGAAAGGCUGAUUUUGUUUUUUCUAGUCAUGCAUUCGCGGAACACGGAUUCACUGAGCCAGAAGCUGAUUCUUUUGGCCUUCCUGGAGUAAAAUACAACGAAAAAGCUGCAAAGCGUUCGUGGAGUGCUACACUUUCGUUGCUCAAAGAAGCAUUUUAA